AUGAACCUUGAAGCAGAGCGGGCAAUGGGUCUGGUGGAAGAAGCGAAAGGAGAAGCUGGGAUUGGUUUCGAAGAUAGGAUUCUGGCUAACGAUCUACCGCUGCCGAUUACCGCCGUUGCUGUUCUGCACGCCAACGCCAUCGUUAGUAUUAUUUUUGGGAGUUCCAAGGCGGCCCAAACUCGGAUGAGUCCAUCUUCCAUGAAAUCUGUUUCCCGCCAUCUUGUCUCCCAAUUCCAUUCCUCAUCUUCUUCAGGCACAACAACAUUAACCAAGAAAUCAUGCAUCGAUCUCCUGAAAUCAUGCAAAUCGAUGAAUCAACUGAAACAAAUCCAAGCCCAGGUUUUCUUAUUAGGCCAUCACCGAAGCUUGGACGUUCUCCACAAGCUCAUGGCCUUCACCGCCGACCCUUCUUUGGGGAACUUAGACUACGCUCAGAGAGUCUUUGAACACAUUGAAUACCCAUCUCUGUUCGUUUAUAACGUGAUGAUCAAAGCUUAUACGAGAAUUGGUCAGUUCAGAAAAGCCCUGUUCUUGUUUGAUGAGUUGCGAGGACGUGGUAUAUGGCCUGAUAAUUAUACUUACCCCUUCGUGUUUAAGUCUAUUGGGCAGCUGAAAAUGGGACGGGAAGGUGAAAAGAUUCACGGUUAUGUGUUGAAAAAUGGAAAUGCAUUUGACAGCUAUGUGUGUAACUCAAUCAUGGAUUUGUACGGAGCCAUUGGUUAUGUGGAUGGUUUGAACAAGGUGUUUGAAGAAAUGCCUCAAAGAGAUUUGGUUUCGUGGAAUGUCUUAAUCGCCGGGUACGUUAGGUGUGGCAGAUUUAAGGACGCUAUUGGAGUCUACAAGACGAUGAGGCAACAAAGAAUUGUAAUGCCUGAUGAAGCUACUGUUGUAAGUACUUUAUCUGCUUGUAUUGCUCUGAAAAAUUUGGAACUCGGGAAGGAAAUUCAUGAUUAUGUGAAUAAUGAGCUUGAUUUGACUGUUAUAAUUGGAAAUGCUUUGCUGGAUAUGUAUUCCAAAUGCGGAUGUUUAUCUUUAGCUAGGCAAAUUUUUGAUAGCAUGCCAGAAAGGAAUGUUAUGUGUUGGACAAGCAUGGUAUCUGCUUAUUUGAGUGUUGGUCAGCUGGAUGAAGCUAGAGAAUUGUUUCAGAGAAGUCCAGCUCGUGAUCUUGUUCUUUGGACAGCUAUGAUCAAUGGCCAGACAAAAAUUUUUCAGGGGUUGGAGCAUAAAGACGCUGCAUCCUGGACGGCCAUUAUUUGUGGUCUUGCAAUGAAUGGUAAGUCAAGCAAAGCAUUGGAGAUGUUCUCAGAAAUGAAAAAUGCUGGAAUUAAACCUGAUGAUAUUACCUUCAUUGGUGUUUUAAGUGCCUGCAGCCAUGGUGGACUUGUAGAGGAAGGCCGUCAACACUUUGAUUCGAUGGGGAAAGUUUUUCAACUUGAACCUAAGUUGGAGCACUAUAGUUGUCUAAUUGAUUUACUUGGUCGUGCUGGACAGCUAAGAGAAGCUCGUGACAUAAUCGAACUUAUACCAAGCAAAGACAACAAAAUUGUAAUUCCACUUUAUGGCGCUUUACUGAGCGCUUGCAGGAUCCAUGGGGAUGUUGAUUUGGGAGAGUGCAUAGCUAACACUUUAAUGCGAAUUGCGCACAAUGAUUCCAGUACUCAUGCUCUCUUGGCCAAUAUAUAUGCAUCUGUUGACAGGUGGGAAGAUGCCAAAAAGGUCAGAAUUAAAAUGAGAUCAGAUGGAGUUGAAAAGGACCAAGGAAAAAAGCACAUUGACAAGCGCAGAGAUUUACAAUUGCCUGUUGAUGAACCGGAAUCUUGCUGCGAUGUUCAAAAGAGUGAUAAACAAAUGCUGUAG